AUGCAGACUGCUUCUACAAACAUUUGUGAUAGACUGUGCAAUAAGUCCAUCUGUGAAAUUUCCUUGCUGCUAAAUAUUCCACAGUCUACUGUUAGUGGUAUUAUAACAAAGUGGAAGCAACUGGGAACAACAGCAACUCAGCCAUGAAGUAGUAGGUCACGUAAAAUGACAGAGCGGGGUCAGCGCAUGCUGAUACGCACAGUGAGCAGAAGUUGCCAACUGUCUGCGGAGUCAAUAGCUAAAAACCUCCAAACUUCAUGUGGCCUUCAGACAGGCACAACAACAGCUGCAUUCAAGCCUUACAUCACCAAGUGCAAUGCAAAGCGUUGGAUGCAGUGUUGUAAAGCACACUGCCACUGGAUUCUAGAGCAGUGGAGA